CGAGUCGUCGUCGACAGACGAUUAAUAAAAUCAGUGAAAAAAUUCAUUUCCUAAAGCAGGAAACGACGAUAUUGCUAUCCAAUGUCGUCAAUGUUAUAGCUGUUAAAAGAAAUAAAUAGUGGUGCUCGUAAUCUGGAUUGCAAUACCAAUGUGGAGCUAAAGGAUAUGACAUUAGGAAGUUAAUGUGAAUAAUAUAGGCAUGUUAUGUUUAUAAACAAAAACAGCUGAGCACAAUGCCAUGGAGAAAUUUCCGCUGAAGGGCACCUCAUCAGUUUUAUUCAGCAAAGCAAAUGCCAGUACGCUUAUGAAUUAUAAUUCAGUUGAUGCCAAGAGGGCCGAUGGUGUAGAAAGAAACAUGGAUAACCCAAAUUAUAAUCCAGGUCCAAGGAGUGGUAGAGGUGCAAGUAUGAGCAGUGAUGAAGAAACAAUUGAAGAUAAGCCACUUAGUUCUAUGCGUCAACAAGAAAGUAAUUCAGCUUAUUAUGAAAGAGAAAGAGCAAUAAAUAUUGAUGAUCCUUGCCCUCAAUAUACAGAUUAUGUUGAUUCUGAGGAUAUCCCAGGAAUAGGCCAGUAUGAUGAUUUCCAUACAAUUGACUGGCAAAGAGAUAUAGCAAGAGAUCGAAUGCAUCAUAGAUAUAUAUUGAAAAAAAAAUAUGAUUCAAUGUGGGAUUUAAUUAAAGGAGCUCAUGAUGCAUGGUCAGGAUGGCUUUGUGUUUUGUUUGUGGGCAUUUUUACCGGAGCUGUAGCUGGUGCAAUUGAUAUUGGAGCAACAUGGAUGACUGAUUUAAAGUUUGGAAUAUGUCCUGCUGCAUUUUGGUUAAAUAAAGAACAAUGUUGUUGGAGCGAAGAAACGUCUUUUGAUGGAGACAAUUGUACUCAAUGGAGGACAUGGCCUGAAAUUUUUGGACGAUCAAAGAAAGGAGUUGGGCCUUAUAUUUUGUCUUAUUUAUUUUAUAUUGUUUGGGCCCUUUUAUUUGCUUCUUUAUCAGCAUCUUUAGUACGAAUGUUUGCACCAUAUGCAUGCGGUUCUGGUAUACCAGAGAUCAAAACUAUUUUAAGUGGUUUUAUCAUUCGGAGCUAUUUGGGGAAAUGGACCUUGAUUAUUAAAUCUGUGGGUUUAAUUCUAUCAGUAUCUGCAGGUCUGAACUUAGGCAAGGAAGGCCCAAUGGUCCAUAUAGCAUGUUGUAUAGGCAACAUUUUUUCGUAUUUAUUUCCUAAAUAUGGUAGAAAUGAAGCAAAGAAGAGAGAAAUAUUAUCUGCUGCAGCAGCUGCUGGAGUUUCUGUAGCUUUUGGAGCGCCAAUCGGUGGUGUUCUUUUUAGUUUGGAAGAAGUCAGUUAUUACUUUCCUCUAAAAACUCUUUGGCGAUCUUUCUUCUGUGCCCUUGUUGCUGCAUUUGUCUUGGGAUCAAUAAAUCCUUUUGGUAACAAACACUCUGUACUCUUUUUUGUUGAGUACAAUAAACCUUGGAUUUUCUUUGAACUUAUUCCUUUCAUAUUUCUUGGAAUAAUUGGAGGAGUGAUUGGAACUCUGUUCAUUAGAGCUAAUCUCCGUUGGUGUCGUUAUCGAAAGUCUUCUAAACUUGGACAAUAUCCUGUGACUGAAGUUCUUAUCGUCACUGUACUUACAGCUGUUAUUGCUUUCCCCAACCCGUACACACAAAUGAGCACAAGCAAACUUAUUUAUUUAUUGUUCAGGAAAUGUGGUGUUGCUGAGACAGACAUGAUAUGUGAUUACCAGCGUAACUUUACGGAUGUCAACUCUGUGUACUUGCUCAUUUUAGCGUUUAUUGUUAAAUUUGUCAUGACCAUCUUUACAUUUGGUAUGAAAGUACCUUGCGGUCUGUUUAUACCCUCGUUGUGUUUAGGAGCUAUUGUUGGGCGCAUUGUUGGUAUUGGCAUGGAACAGCUAGCGCAUCAUUAUCCGCACAUUUGGAUGUUUAGUGAUGAGUGUUCAACCGGAGAAGAUUGUAUUACACCAGGACUGUAUGCUAUUGUGGGAGCUGCAGCUGUACUAGGGGGUGUCACAAGAAUGACAGUAUCAUUGGUAGUUAUCAUGUUCGAGUUAACUGGAGGAGUUAGGUAUAUUGUUCCAUUGAUGGCAGCUGCAAUGGCCAGCAAGUGGGUUGGCGAUGCACUGGGUAAACAAGGUAUCUACGAUGCUCACAUAAAUCUUAAUGGAUAUCCAUUCUUAGAUAGUAAAGAUGAAUUUCAACAUACAACAUUGGCUGCUGAUGUUAUGCAACCCAAACGGAACGAGACGCUACAUGUCCUUACUCAGGAUUCGAUGACGGUGGAAGAUGUGGAGAACCUGCUAAAAGAAACAGAACACAAUGGCUUUCCGGUAAUUGUGUCGCAAGAAUCACAGUACUUGGUUGGUUUCGUCCUUCGACGUGAUCUUAAUUUAGCUCUUUCGAACGCUAAACGUUUGCUAGAGGGCAAUUAUCGACAGUCUUUAGUCAUAUUUACCAGCGGUACGAACGUGCAAAAUCACCCCUAUCCGCCAUUGAAAUUGAAGAAAAUACUCGACAUGGCCCCAAUCACCAUUACCGAUCAGACUCCUAUGGAGACUGUUGUUGACAUGUUCAGGAAGCUCGGGCUUAGGCAGGUCCUUGUGACGCAUAAUGGUCGACUGUUGGGAGUGAUCACUAAAAAAGAUGUACUGAGGCACGUCAAACAACUCGACGACGAAGAUCCGAAUUCCGUUUUGUUUAAUUAAUUUAUUAAAAAAAGCUGUCAGUAGUUUUUAAUUAGUUUAAAAAUUUGUCUUUUAUUGGUAAUUGAAAGAAGCUGCAGUUUCUCUAUGCUUGCAGUAUAUUUUAUCAAAAUUACUAGAGGAAAUAGAUGAAAGCUAAUGUAUAACCAUUUCUUCUAGUUUAUGUGAAAAAAUACAUUGAGAGGAUAGAAGUGCUGCGGUAUCAUUCAGUCCUCAGUGAAAAAAAUUAACUCUCAAUUCUAUGUAAAAUUACACAUUUGUGGCAAUAGUCAUUCGACGUCGAGACUCUAUUAUGUUUGAGUUUUAAAAUAAGUUGUAAUAGGCAAAGGACAUAUAUGCAAAAAAAUGUAAAUGACGAUGUGGAUUUGUGAAGCUGUAUGUAUGUUGUAUGAUCCUUAAUAUUGAUAUUUGUAUAUUUUUCCUCUGUCAAUUUGUAUAAUGAUUUGUCAGUGUGAGUAAGAAAAAUUACCUAUGUUCGUUUAGGUUGUCAAUGAUCAAUAAUUAUGAUUCUUGCUGUAAUUGUAUAAAGUUUUAAUGAAAUUUUUAUCAUCCAAAUUUUUUAAAAGUAAGCAUAACGAUUUAAAGAGGCUAAAUAAAAAGUAAUUGCCUCAGUGAAAGUAAUAAAGGUAUGUAAACCAACUACAAUAAUGUUGAAAUUUGAUUACAAAUAGAUUGACAACUGCAGUAGUAUAUCAUUAUUUGUCUCGUCCACAGAAUUUUAACAUGAAAUAUUGUAUUGUAUAAUUUUAUUCUAAGUAUUAUUCACAUUUAUAUAUUUUAAUGGUGAUGAAGUUCAGUCUGAACCAAAAACAAAGUGAUCAAAGUUUGGACUAAUGAAAA